GUAACCAUCCUGCCCAAUCACAGGUUACAGCGCUAGGCGUUUGAACUGCAGAGUGUAAACGGCUCGAUGCGCGCUGUGUGAGUGUAUGGGCUGUCAUUUAUUGGACUGAACCGGACUCUGUGUAAGGUGAGCCAAUAUGGCGGGCAUGUCCAGAGGGCAGGGAUGGAGAUCAGGCAGAGGGGUGUUUGUGUCCCUGGGUGUGAGUGCAGGACCUGGGGCCCAGCUAGACUCCAUCACUGAGCUCUCUAUGCUGCUAGCCCCACUCUAUGGGGAUGGGAUGGGGAGGGGGGUCUUAUUGUUUUGGAUCAAGUUUGUCUGAAAUUAGGAUAUUCUGCUGAUGCUGGACCAGAACUAAAACAUGUUUUAUCAGCUUUAUGGCUGCAAAAUCCGAGAGAGAGUGUUUCUGCUACAGCUGGAGAGACCACUUAUUAUUCACCAUGUCUCAGUAUUAUUCCCUCAGAUUACAGGGUCACUGACUGACUUUAAAAAAUAAAUAAACAUUUUAUUACAUAUAUAUUCAUACAGGCUGGGGGGGGGGGGUUAAACUCUUGCGUGUCUGAUAUAGCUGUUAUGUACUUUUUACUGUUUGCACACACUGAAAAAUCACAUACCCAAUUUGUUAUACCUUGGAUGGUCUAGUUUUGUAAGUGGUAUGCUAUCAAAGGAGUAAUUUUUUAAUUCCUGGGCUACUAUACGGUCUUAAAGGCAACAUAACCAAUUUGGAAAAUUUCAAUAUGAAAAAUGGAACGUGCUAUAUUUGACCUGUAAAUUUACAAAACUCCAUAAAACCUGUAAAAAAGGGGGGGGUACUGAAGUACUCGUGAGACAUCGCUGAAUAAAUAUGUGUAUUUUAUUGCAGUAAAAGCAAACCGUAUUAGGACAUUCACAGUUUAAAUGCUAUGCAGAACUAAAAAUGUAAACAUUUCUUAACUUUCACCCUUUUUUUUUAAUUUUUUUUUUAUAUAUAUUCAUAAAUUGUUUUAUAUAUGAAUGUGAAAUGAAAGCCCUGUAUCUCCUGAACAAAAUGAUAUAUAAUAAGGGAGGGUGAACUUAAUAUACAAAUGUUGAAUUAUGGUUGAGCAGACCAUUUAGUUCAAAUUCUGGGUUUUGUUUAGUUUUUCUUAUGAUCAGAACGUGUACAAUGCCUCUGUUCUUGAGGGGUUAAGAACAGUUUGACACCUAACUGCGAUGUGCUGGAUAUCUCCUACAGGUGAAUUAUAAGUUCUCUGAGCUAGGCUGGCAAUGCAGGGCUUAGCUCAGGGGAUGAAGCAUGUUGUUCCAAAGGGGGCUGUGAAAGCGGUGACUGGCUCCCAGCUCACUAUGGUAGUUAUGAUGGAGAGGCUCUUUUUCUGCAUUUGUCAAACCAUUUUUGAGUUGUUAAACAAAUGGAACUGUUCCGACAUCUAACAGCCUUUCUCGUCUGCUGUGGAUCGUGGUAAGUGUGAAUGAGAGCAUACAGCAGCUUAUGUAAAUAUUAGUUGCCAGAAAAGUCCCAUAUUUUGCAAAUCUCCAUAUUACCCUCUGAGAUGUCCUACGGACACUUUGAAUGCGCCGCAGCAGUGCCGCGCCGGUGAUGUCAGACAAGGAUGCUGACAUCGGCGGGGGAGGAGAGGUAAGUGAGCCCGGCGGGGGGAAAGGGUGAGUAGCUGAAGGGGCACUCUCAGGUACUAUAGUGUCAGGAAAACCGAGCGGUUUUCCUGACACUAUAGUGUCCCUUUAAAUCAUUUCCCAUAGUGCCAAUGAUGCAUAAUAGAUUUAAAGAAACACUAUAGGGUCAGGAACACACACCCCCCACACACAUUAAAAGGAAUUAAAACUGGCUCUGCCUCCUUGGUGACAUCAGAAUUGCUGAUUUUUGGCCAAGCAUUGGAUUGGAUAAAAUUGGCAAGGAGUCGGGCCAAACACUGUUUUGGCCAUUCAGCACCUCCUCAUGCAGAGCGUGGUGACGCUGAACGGCAGUGCUGCCUGCUGUGCAGCACUGAGCCAGGAAGCACCACCAGUGACCAUCUGAGGAGUGGCCACUUGGAGGUGUCUCUAGGGGCAACGUAAACACUGCCCUUUCUCUGUAAAGGCAGUGUUUGCAUAAAAAUGCUUGCAAAUAAAUGAUUCUACUCACCAGAACAACUACAUUAAGCUGUAGUUGUUCUGGUGACUAUAGUGUCCCUUUAAGCAAAAAUAAAAAUGAAAUAAUUUUCUGAGCACUUUAAAGCAGUACCUAAUUGAAUUUAGAUAUCUGCUCCAGGGUGCAGCUUCCCAAUACAGGGAAGGUACAGCCUAGCACAAACAUUUCUUUCUACAAAGGAUUAAAUCAUUUUCCACAGCGUCAAAGGGUGCUUAGUAGAUUUAUGCUAAUAGCAAAGGUUCGAUAGUCUUCCAACCAGUUUUAAACAAUACCUAAUUAUAUAUAAAUAGCUGCGCCAAGAUGCAGAUUCCCAAUACGGAGAAGGUGCAUCCUAGCACGUAUAUUACGUUCUACACGAGGUUAGAUCAUUUUCGACAACGCCAAACAGUGCAUAGUAGAUUUAAUCUAAUAAAGUUUUGGCAAUCUUCCAACCACUCUCAAACAAUGCCUAACUGUAUAGUAGCUGUGCUAGGGUGCAACCCAGCAUAUACAUUUCAAAAAUUCCACAAAGAGUUAAAUCAUACUCCACGGCACCAAACUGUGCACAAUAGAUUAGGUUGAUACCAAAGAUUUCAUCUUCUGACUGAGUGUAAUCAGUAUCAUAGAGAGCUGUACCAGGGUGCAUUCUCCCAAUCCGGAGAGAGUGCAACCUUGCACAAACGAUCCACAUCACAGGGGCCACAGAAAAGGCCUCAGAUACCAAACUUGCGAACCCUCCCCACCCCCCCAAAAAAAAUCAAAUAUAAGUGAAAAUUCACUAAACGAUUAAAAGUUUACAAGCAUAACUCCAUUAGGCAGAUAUGUUUGAACAGUUUGUUAAAUUUGAGCUCUUAGGAGAUUUUGAGUGCAAAGUGGAGGAUAAUGCCCACUCUCUGCAUAUUUUGUUUGGUCUCUGGGGAUAGUCUCUAAUUUGUUUAGAUAUGGUAGGUAGCUGAAUUUUCCAUAGUUCAAAUUAUUUCUUACUUUCUUGAAGCGAUGAGAUCACCUUGGUCUCAUCAUUGUGUGAGAUCACUAACUGGAAACCCCCAGCUGUAGACAAUAUUAUCGGUACUCAAAGUCUGUGUUAUGGGUUCCUUACUCACAGUAGAAGAUGAAAAGUCAGUGAACAAUUGAGUACGAGCAAACUUGUCAGACACUUUACCUUUAGAAGGCCUGCCUCGACAAUUUUAAUUUUAUGAUUGAAAAGUGGAUCCUUGCUAACACAUCUCUUGAAGAAUCCUGAGGGGCCUUCCGGCAUUUUGGUAGCCUGUGAAUCCUGUCAAUUCAAUUAUAUCAUGCAGAGUGUGUGUGUUUGUGUAGAAACGGCGCCGCAUUCGCGCAGCACUGCCGCUGCGCAUUCAAAGUGUCCGUAGGAAAGCAUUUUUCAAUGCUUUCCUAUGGACGCUCUGCGUGAUUGAGGCAUAAUAUGCCUCAAUCAUUGCCGAUGCGCCUCUAGUGGCUAACCGGAAGAUGGCCACUAAAGGCUGGCUUAACCCCAAGUGUAAACAUAGCAGUUUCUCAGAAACUGCUAUGUUUACAUCAGGCAGGGUUAACCCUAGAGGGUCCUGAUACCCAGACCACUUCAUUGAGUUGAAGUGGUCUGGGUGACUAUAGUGUCCCUUUAACACUUUGUAGAAUGUAAUAUGUGUGUUACAUGUCAGGUUGCACUUUCCUCAUAUUGAGAUUCAGCACUCUGGCACAGCCAUUUAUAUACAAUUAUUUACUGUACAGCUCGGUAGACAACUGACUAGGGAUCGACCGAUUGGACCACCAGGGAAUACUAUAUUCCCCCCUCUCCGGUAAGAAGCAGGAAGGGGGGACUAAAAAAUAAAAUAAAAUAUUAAAAAAAAUAAUUAAAAUAAACAAAUGCCCCCUCCAAUUUACACAAAUAACAUCUCUACACAAACACACACACUCUGCAUUUUUUUAUAUAUAUAUAUAUAUAUAUAUAUAUAUAUAUAUAUAUAUAUAUAUAUAUAUAUAUAUAUAUACACACACACACACACACUCUGCGUGAUAUAUAUAUAUAUAUAUAUAUAUAUACACACACACACUCUGCGUGAUAUAUAUAUAUAUACACACACACACUCUGCGUGAUAUAUAUAUAUAUAUAUAUAUAUAUAUAUAUAUAUAUAUAUAUAUAUAUAUACACACACACACACUCUGCGUGAGAUAUAUAUAUAUAUACACACACACUCUGCGUGAGAUAUAUAUAUAUAUAUACACACACACACACACACACUCUGCGUGAGAUAUAUAUAUAUAUAGAUAUAUAUAUAUAUAUAUCUAUAUAUAUAUAUAUAUCUCACGCAGUGUGUGUGAUAUAUAUAUACACACACACUCUGCGUGAUAUAUAUAUAUAUAUAUAUAUAUAUACACACACACACACACUGCAUGAUAUAUACACACACACACGCAAUCACUAUACACACACUACACACACACACACUACAUUCACUAUUCACACUACACAAAUACUCACUGCAUUCACUAUACACACUACACAAACACACACUCUGCAUUCACUAUAUAUACACACUACACAAACACACACUCUGCAUUCACUAUAUACACACUCUGCAUUCACUAUAUAUACUACACACUCACUACAUUCUCUAUACACACUACACAAACACACACUCUGCAUUCACUAUAUACACACACUAUACAAACUCACUGCAUUCACUAUAUACACACUAUACAAACACACACUGCAUUCACUAUAUAUACACUACACACACUGCAUUCACUAUAUAUACACUACACACACUGCAUUCACUAUACACACUACACAAACACACACACUGCAUUCACUAUAUAUACACUACACAAACACUCUGCAUUCAUUAUAUGCACACACUGCAUCCUCUGCACACAAUACACAAACACACACAGCUCCCCUGUCUAAACACACUGCAUCCACUACAUGUGGCAUGUAUAUUUUGUGUAUUUACCUUUAGAAUUAGUUUAUUUUAUCAAAAUGGUAAAUAUACAGAAUAUUGGCAAGCUAUCGGCCUGAAAGUUCACAGAUUAUCGAUGUCGGUACUAAAAAAAAUCGAUAUCGGUCAAUCCCUACUACUGACCUUUUUCUUUUUAUUAGCUUAAUUUAUUAAGCAUUGUUUGUUGAUGUGGAAAUGAUUUAAUACUUUAUAACAGGAAUGCAUGUAUCCUUUUAUUUUAUUUUCUCUUUCUUUGCUUCCUUCUAUUUAUCUUUUAAUUCCCCCUAGGAGACAAGGUUUUUCUAUUGUUUCCAAUUUGUUGGAAUUAAUGCCCGCAAUACAAGGGCUAAAUAUGAUAACCACCGAAGUUACCAGAGUACUGUUGUACAUAGUUCAUGGUAUGAUUUUUUUUUAUCUAUAUCAGGUUUUUUUACAUUUUGAUUUAGUAUUUUUUUAAUAUUUUGAUGCUGUUGAUUAUAUUUCCUGGAAAAAAAAUAGACAUACAGAUUGGGUUUAUGAAACUCCGUUUAUACUAAUAAAUAAGCCAAUUCUAGAGAGGAGUGUUAGGGAUACUAUUGGGUUGAUGCCUGCCAUAAGCUUUUUUAAUAUUGUCUUGCCAGUCAUGGAAAGUGAUAGUAUGCGUGAGGCUCUGAACCUAGAUGUCAAUAGGAGGAAAUCUUGAUGGAUCAAAUUGUUAAAGAAGCUAUACUACACCUUGUUAAUUAUAACUAUUAAUGACUUUAAAUAUAUUAUCCAUUAACGCACGUGGGUUAAAUUCUCCACAUAAACGUAGGAUGCUAUGGGGAAACUGCACAAGAACUUAAGGCUUCUAUCAUUUGCAUACAACAGACCCACUUUGCACGAAGAAAGACUCCUUACUUCAGGAACAAAUAUUACCCUACUUUGUUUAACUCCUUAAGCCACUCUAAAAAAUGUGGAACAUCGAUAGUAUUUCAUUUAAAUCUGCAGAUUCAAGUCCCACUUUGAAGACCCUCAAGGUCAGUUUAACAUAGUAUCUUGUAAAAUAUCCAGGGAAGAUCUCAUUUUAUUAAAUGUAUAUUUACCUUUUACUUUUUACACUCCGGCAGGGUGGUACUUUGUGGUGAUUUCAAAUUACUUAUGGACCCUAAUAUGGAUGCCUCGGAGUUCCAAUCCUCCGCUGCUAAAGAGGCCACUCCUAAAAAAAAAAAAUAAGCAGGAGGCUUUGAUCCCUGAUGCAAGAACAUGGUUUUUAGGAUGCUUGGCGUUUGUUAGACCCUCGUUUACGAGAAUAUAAGUUUUACUCUAAUGUCCAUGAAAAAUAUAACCGCAUUGACUAUUUUUUUUUUUUUUUGUUAACUGUUCUUUUCUCUACAACCUGCAAGAUCAUGGUCCUAUCUUACUACAGCUGUCCUUAGCGACACCCAAAAAAAUUAUGAGAUGGAAAAUCAACGAUAGGCUUCUUCAAAGCACAGACACUAAGAAUCUGAUUGACUCUACUCUACAAAAAUAUUUCUCCUUAAAUGUCACUCCUGGGAUAAUCCCCGAAUGCCUGUGGUUAGCUCAUAAGGCAGUAGUACGAGGCAAAUUUAUCUUGCAUGCUUCAUUUAUUGCUAAGCAGAAAUCAAAAAGGAUGACAGAUCUUAAAAUACAACUUAUAGAACUUGAGAAAGCUCAUAAGGCCUCUCCCUCUGACACACUGCUGGUUCAGUUAAAAACAAUACGUUUGGAUAUUAAUACUUUGCAGCUUGAAAAGACGGAAUAUUGCAUGACGACUUAAAGCACAGUUUUACUCUAGCAGAAAUAAAGCAGGCCGUCUGUUAGCUCGCAGGUUGGGGAAAAUCCAGGUUACAACCUCAAUCCCAUAUAUAAUUAUUGAUAAGGGCCAAAGGGUAUUUGUUUCUCAAAAAUGGUGAAUAUUUGCUUUAAUUUUAAUGCUUCUCUCUACAAUCUAAACAAAUGCACCGAAACACACCAGCCAUCACAAGCAGAUAUAUCUAAAUUCCUCCACUUAAUGCAGUUACAAUCUCUUACUGAACCCCAGAUCCAGGCAUUACAGGAUCCGAUAAAUUCAGAAGAAAUUUUCAAGGCAAUUAAAACAAUGCCACAGUGUACGUCACCGGGGCCUAAUGGAUUCACUUCUCUUUAUUAUAAACAGCAUUUUCACAUGAUGCAGCCACAUCUUCUAUCUCUUUUUAAUUCUUGUAUGCCUAAUAGUACAAUGCCAAAAUAAAUGUUGACUGCCUAUAUUAUAGCUCUACUAAAAUCUGGGAAUCCUCCAAUUCAAUGUUCUAACUUACAACGUAUAUCUCUUUUAAACCUUGACUAUAAAAUUUAUGCUAACAUUCUGGCAACUCGUUUAUUUCCUUUACUUCCAAUAUUUGAUAAACAAAUCAGAUGGGAUUUGUAGGGGGCGUCAAGCUUCAGAUGCCACUCGUAAAAUCAUAAAUAUGAUUUCGGUGGCUGAGAACGCUAGGGCCAAAUGCCUUAUGUCACUUGACACAAAGAAGGCAUUCGAUCAUCUUCAUUGGGACUUUCUGUUCCAAGUACUGGAGAAAUUGGGUCUGCCAUAUAGAUUCAUAAAAGCUGCUAUGGCUUUAUAUUCUAACCCUACAGCAGCCGUACUUCUUUCUGGUUCAGUCUCAUAUUCAUUUACAAUCAGUAAUGGCACUGGAUGGGGUGCCCUCUGUCUCCCCUGUUGUAUAUUCUGGCUUUAGAACAUUUGGCAUAUAGGAUUAGAACAGAUAUAGCUAUUAAUGGAAUUUUAAUGCCUAAUCUCGUUUCGCAAAAGUUAGUUCUUUUUGCGGACGACAUUCUCCUAGUCUUAACUAAUCCUACUCAGUGUUUACCCUAUCUUAAGGAAGCAAUUAUUUCUAAUGGCAAGGUCUCCUAUCAUAAAGUGAACUCGAAAAAAAAAUCACAAGCUCUAAUAUUAAUGUCAGAAUCACAAUUAUCUCAACUCAAAAUGACAUAUGUUCAAAUUACAAAUUGGAAGUUGACGUAUAUUCAAUACCUGGGGAUAUGAUUGUAUACAGACUAGGCUUUGUUAACAAAUUUGAAUUUAAAACAUGUAUGGGAGCAGGUUAGAGGGGAUAAGGGAAGGUGAGGAAAAAUUGAACUAUCCUGGUUUGGUCGCAACACCUCAUUUAAAAUGAUGGCACUUCUAAGGUUCCUGUAUCUAUUUAGAACCAUCCCCCUUCCCUUCCCCACCUCUAUGUUAAAAUAUAUUCAGUCAUAAAUAAUAAAAUUCAUACAUACUCAUAAAAAACUGAGUUACUCUAACUACGUUAUAUAGAUGUAGACAAAAAGGAGGUAUAGGGGUUCCAAAUCUAAUCCAUUAUUGUACCACUUCCUCUAUAUCACAAGCCUUGUUGUAUUGUUCAAAACCAGAAUCUGUGUCGUGGAUUGAUAUAGAAGAUGUUUAUCUGAAAAGGGGAAGGGUAUCCUGGUUCUUAUGGUCAACAUCCGAGCUACCCAAAUUUCCGACACUACUGCGGACUAGUUAUAGUCUCAAAACAUGGAUUAAUUCACGAAGAAAGAUACUUCAUCAUCAACCAAUCUCACAAUAUGCUCCGUUAGACUUUUGAAAUAAUUAUUCCUGACUUGGAUAUCUCAGGCUGGGUGAUGUUUGGUGUGGAAACUAUUGAUCAUAUGUUAAGAGGAGACACCAUAUUGCCAUUUUCUUCAGUUACAAUAUAAUAUUCCACACCGGGAUUUUUACCAGUAUCUUCGGAUUCGGCGAUGUCUGGCGUCUUGCUAUUUAGAGGAUCAGGUGUCGUUUUUUUCUAAUUUAUUUUUUAAAAUGCGUCUGAAGGGCGUAAAUCCCCUUCGGUAUGUUACCAAUCCCCAAUAUCCUCAAUAUACCCAGAGAAAACAUUCUUUUAAAUCAGGAUGGUAAAAGGAGUUGGAAGAUUGGACGUCCCUGUCAAGAUUCACAGCAAAAAUCUCAAGAUGUACAACCCAAGUAGAACUAUCAUACAAACUGUUUACUAGAUGGUACUUAACCCCGGUCCAACUACAGCAUAUGUAGCCAAGUGUCUCUAAUUGUUGUUGGCGAGAAUGUGGGAAGAUUGGCUCACUAUCACAUAUCUGUUGGGAUUGCCAAAACAUUUCUUGGGUAUGGAAAAAUUGUACACUAAACAAAAUUAUAGACACAACACUUUUGUUUUUGCCCCCAUUUUUCAUGAGCUAAACUCAAAAUUUAAGACCUUUUUCUAUGUACACAAAAGGCCUAUUUCUCUCAAAUAUUGUUCACAAAUCUGUCUAAAUCUGUGUUAGUGAGCACUUCUCCUUUGCCGAGAUAAUCCAUCCACCUCAAAGGUGUGGCAUAUCAAGAUGCUGAUUAGACAGCAUGGUUAUUGCACAGGAGUGCCUUAUUGUGGCCAGCCUAAGCCACACCUGUGCAGUAAUCAUAUGCCACACCUGUGAGGUGGAUGGAUUAUCUCGGCAAAGGAGAAGUGCUCACUAAUACAGAUUUAGACAAAUUUGUGAACAAUAUUUGAGAGAAAUAGGCCUUUUGUGUAUAUAGAAAAAGUCUUAGAUCUUUGAGUUCAGCUCAUGAAAAAUGGGGGCAAAAACAAGUGUUGUGCUUAUAAUUAUGUUCAGUGUAUGAUCUUAUUGAAUCUAAUCUUCAGGUCUGCGUUCCCUUCUCUUUGGAGGUAGCAUUAUUAAAUAAUUAACCAAUAACAAUUACCUUGCAAACUAAAAGAUUGAUACCCUUCUUCUUUAUGACUGUUAAGAAUUUUAUUGCCCAAAACUGGAAGAGCAUUGAAGUUCCUUCAAUACAAGGCUUAUUAAAAAUGCUUUAUAAUAGUGGAAAAGUCUCCUGGGAGGUCUGACGAAGACCGAAGCAAAACCCCACUUUCUCUAGGCAUCUGAAGAAUGGCUACUGAACUUUGCGGAACUUUAUUUAUUUUAAAUUUUUUUUUUUUUUUGCUUUGUUUUGUUACUACGUAGAUCAUAUACCAGUUGCCAUAAAACGCUGGGCUGCUUGCAUUUUGGUUGACUCUGGCAGUUAAGCUCUUGGCAUCGGCUACAAAGCUCUCAAGGACGCUCAGAGCACGCAUACAAUGCUUGCGGUACCCAUAUGUUGAAACGACUAGCCACCCAAUGGUUAUUAUUGUUUUGUUUUUUUUGGUUCUACGGCGAGUACCUAAAUUUCACCACUGAGCCAUGCUAUAAUUUAUGUUUAGCACGCAAAACGUCUGAAUAUUGCACAGACAUCUUAGCUUAGCCUGUGAUCACUGGUUCAUACCUUAUAUCUCAUGGUUACCUCAAGUUAACUCCUGCGUAACUAUUAAUGUACAAUUGUACUAGUCUCAUUACAUGCCCCCACCCUGUUUGGAUGCCUCAUAGGCUCUGCUGGCCCGUAGCCAGGCAGUGGGACAGGACUAGCCAUCUUAUAUCAAUAUUGACUGCUUGCAAUGUCUGACCACAAAUAGUAACAGGAACACAAGCUCAAUUGUUUCAAGCAGCAUGUAUAGCCAGAUUACUACUCUCAUUUUACUAAACCUGUCUGAGCUUACCUUUAAACUUAUCUUUGCGCUAUAUUCUAAUGACAAAACGGGAUAGCCAGGCUGAUGAUUGGCAUAACUAUACGUAUAACACUGUGCAUUUCUCAUGCCACUGCCCAAUUUACGUACAACCUCAAUGCUGUUUAUAAGCUAAAAUUGUGCGAAAGGAAAGGGAAAGGGAAACGGAAAAAAACGGAAAAAAAAAAAAGGGAGCCCACUGCCAGAACUCCUAAAAUGCUCAGACCAUAACCAAACAAAACCAUGCAGUAGCAAGGGGUAUAUACUCCUACCUUGCUUAAAUUGCCAUCAUCAGGUAUAUAACCAAAUUUAGCUACUUCCCUUCACUAGUCACUCCAGACUUUUACUGUCUAGCCUGUUUAGCCUGCGGGAUAUAUAUAACUUAACAAGGUGCCACUAUAUUACUCCACUACAUCACUUUGGUUACUCAUGUUUUUCCUCCACCAGUGUUGUGAGGCUUAAUCGUUCUUACUAACUUGCCUAACACGACUCGUCACUAAGACACUCUCUGCCCAGACAAACAAGUGUUAUGUUUAACUAGUCACCAUACUUUAAAUAUAAAAUUUCGUGCUGUUCUCUCAAAUGAUGCAAAGUAUUGUCUCUAACAGUUCUCAAUGUCAACCUACAUGUAUCAUUGAAUGUACUGCAAAUCCUCGCAUUUGCUGUUGUGGCAAUGCAGGAGGUAUUGUAAUCUCAUGCACGUUCAAAAAUAAAGAAUUAAAAAAAAAUAAAAAAUGCUUUAUAAUAUAUGUCAAAUGGAAUAUAUGGCAUAUUCCGCUACUAAUUCUUUGUCCAAGUUCUGGAAAAUCUGGGGUUCUAUAUUAGAGGAAAGGGUAAGAGAAGAGAAGAGGAUGGCUGGCUGAGAAUAACUUAAGAAUAGUGAUGUCCCGAACUGUUCGCCGAAAGGUUCGCCGCGGACUCAUCAUUGCGUAAACUUUGACCCUGUACCUCACAGUCAGCAGACACAUUCCAGCCAAUCAGCAGCAGACCCUCCCACCUCCUGGACAGCUCACUAAGAAUACAGCUUCACAAUGGAUGCUGUCCAGGAGGUGGGAGGGUCUGCUGCUGAUUGGCUGGAAUGUGUCUGCUGACUGUGAGGUACAGGGUCAAAGUUUACUCGAUGAGUCCGUGGCGAACCGUGCGCGAACUGUUUAGCACAUCACUACUUAAGAAUAAGCUUGGAUAAUGACAGAGGUAUUAACAGUAACAUAUAGGGCAUUUGGAAGCAAGAUGGAUUUGGCUUGUAAUGUAGCAUAAUCGGUUAAAUCUGAAAGACCCAGGUCUUAAUCUCUAAUCUUGAUAUUUAAUCUUAAUUGAAAUAUGCAUACUGUACAUUGAUUUCUUAUUUUUUUAUAUAUAUAUAUAUAUAUAUAUAUAUAUAUAUAUAUAUAUAUAUAUAUAAUUUAAUUUUUUUAUUUUUUUUCUCUUCAGUCUGGUAUUUUCCUGUAUUAUUUUGAUGUAUUGUAAUAUACUCUAAUAAAAUAUUUGAAACAGAAAACAAUCUCACAAAAGGGCACAGCGGGUUUGAGCCUUAAUAUUAUUUUCUUUUUGUCCGUCAACACAAUCUGCUUGUCCUGUCACAAAAUAAUUUAAAUGAGAAAGAUUUGGGUCCUUUCUAAGAGUCUGGUAAAUUGACAGGGCUAUUUACUAAUGUCUCAAUUUUCACAAAUUAAAUCUUUAUGGAAAACUGAGGCAAUAAUAGCUGUAAUGGGAAUAUGUUAUAGUCACAACAUGGCUAUUUUUAUAUCAGGUUUGCCAUUUCAAUUUAUUAGCAAAACAUCAGUUUUGUGAAUUACAGUGAGUGUCUCGCUAUCCCAUAGUUUGUGCCAUGUGUUUGCGGACUGUGUGCGUGCGAGUGUGCGUUCUGCUGACAGUGUGCCGUGUGUUCUGGCUGUAUGCAGCUGGUGUGUAAUUUAAUAGGGUUGGUGUGAAAAAUAAUUUGUCUAUACAUAUAUAUUACAUGGGGCAGUAAAGCAAUACCUGUUCAUGUGCUGGUAUUUCGAUAGGAGAGCAUUUUUUGUUGUAGUUGGUUCACUCUCAGCAUUCAGUUAUUUCCUAGACAGGACUGGACUGUGAGAAAGCGUUUAUGUACACUUCACACCCCCAGCCCUGCAUUCAUUAAAUGCUACACAUAAGCUGAAACUUACUGUAAUUAUAGAACAGGCUGCGUUGUUAUUCUUCCCUAAAUUUCUAGUUAAAAUAUAUGGGUUGGCCUUGUAUUCCAGUGCGUCUUCUGUUCUGAAAAAAAUUACCAUAUUACAUAUUCAGAAUAUUAUUUGGUUACUUUUUUAAAAUGUAAAAAUAGUACUUUUACUUGUCACUGCAAAGCUUCUCUUAUAAUGCAACCACUGGGAAUGGACCGCAAAGAAAAACACUCCACCUCCGUGACACAAAAUGACUAACACUUCUGACAAUUCCUAGUAUGCUGUUGCAGGAUGCUUGGGGAAUUCAUAAUAUAUCGUCUAAAGCUAAGGAAGUCAGAAACAAUAAAAUGCUAUAUAUUUGCAAAACGUUUGGCUAGGACUGUGUAUUGAUACAUUUGUAAUCCCAUAGUACACAAUAGAAAAGUCAAAGGGACACUAUAGUCACCCAGACCACUUCAGCUCAAUGAAGUGGUCUGGGUGCCAGGUCCCCCCAGGUUUUAACCCUUCAGAUGUAAACAAAGCCGUUUCAGAGAAACUGCUAUGUUUACAUUACAGGGUUAAUCCAACCUCUAGUGGCUGUCUUCCUGACAGCCGCUAGAGGCGCUUCUGCGACGCUGGAUGCGAAAUUUGCAUCCAGCAUGCAGAAUGUCCAUAGGAAAGCAUUGGGAAAUGCUUUCUUAUGGACUGUUUGAAUGCGUGCGCCGCACAUUCGGCUCCAGUCGGGAGCUGACGUCAGAGGUCACCAGCGCAGAGGGAGCCCAGUGCUGGAUUAAAGUAAGUAACUGAACUUUAACCCUUUCAGUGCCAAUGAAGUGGGGGGUCCCUAAGGAUGCUAUGGUGUCAGGAAAACAAGUUUGUUUUCCCUACACCAUAGUGAUCCUUUAAUCAUAAAGAAGUUAGGGGACCAAUAUUUUAUCAACUAUGCAGCCACAUUUAGAACAAGCUGCUGCUUUCAGUUCAGUGAGUGUUCUAUAGCAAAAUCCACAGGGCGAGUGCAAAUUUUGAGUUUUGAAUGCCAUUUUUUGUUUUUAAGGUAUGUUAAUAGUUAACAGCUGUGUGUUAUUACAAAUGUAUCAUAAUAAAUUAGAUAUUUGUAUAUUUAAAAUGUGUUUCUGCACUGCAAGAAGUGUUAAUAUCUUUUGAUCAGUGCUCUUAAAAACUUCAUUCUCAUCCCUCAUCAUUAUUAUGUUUUGAAUGGAUCAGGAAUAUAAUGUCUUAAAUUAAAUUGUGGUUAAUUCUGAUUUUAAAGGAACCCAACCAGCUAGAUGACCAAAGAGAUACAGCAGCAUUAGUUAUGGUGCAACCCAUUGUACAACGCUACGGAAUGUGAUGUCGCUAUAUAAAUAAUAAUAAUGAGUGCCUUGAUACCUUACCAGCAUAAUCUGUCAAACUAUUUUAACACUUUUACCUGGGACCCAAAACAGGAACUUGUUCUGCUCAUUCAUUGAUACCAUUCAACUGACAUCCUCAGCCAAUGAGUGAAUGCCUAUAUCAUUGCCUGAUAUUUAUUUUUCUCUGCUCGAGAAUACCAAAAGAAAUGUGGGUGUCUGAUGGGACCCAUGUAGGCGGCAAACCUUGCUGAAAUGGUUUGGCAGAUUAUUAUGGAAUGACGCCAGUGCAUUCCUUUCUCUACCACCACCUCAGUGAGCUGUAGCGGUCAAGAUGCUUGGGUUGAUCCAAAAACAACUAGAUUUCAUCACCUAGUAGUCAUCUCACAUCUAAAUACUUGCUGAAUCGUCUGUCAUUGUUUCUGGGGUGAAUUCUCUUCCAUAAAGACAGUCUGGCUAAAUAUAUUUUAUUCCAAAUUUACUACUGUAAAUUCUUUGUAAUAAAUUGCAAAUUCUCUAUUUUUUGUUUUGUAUUUAAUAGUCUAAUCUAUUUUUCUGUUACAGCACUCAGUCGAUAUACCUGUUAAAGAUGGCCAAAGUAAGGUGUUUGAAAAAGACCUUUCAGGAAAGCCUGGAGGACAUAAAGGAGCGUAUGAAGGAGAAAAGAAUGAAAAAGCUGGCAAAGGUGGUUACGGUCAAGGCCUAUUCUGCAAAAGCCAUGAAGAUCAGUAAGAGAUUUCACACCUGAAUUUGUAAGAGGAUUCAUCCGUUUUGUUUUUUUUAAGUCUAUUUUUAUUUAUGUAUUUUUUUUUCAUUCCCAUUUACUACAGACAACAGCUCUGUGUCCGUGAAAAGCAUUCAAGAGAACAACAAAGGGCUUGCUUUGGCCCUGGAAGAAGAGAAGGUCAAAUCAAGGCAAGCUCAAGAUCUUAUCUUACAUUUAAAAAGAGAACACCAAAGGUUGAUGUUUGAAAUUUUCAUGUUACGAAGGAAGCUUAGCUUGCACAAUGGAAGGGAGUCUACAAACGUAAGUGCUUAUAUUAUUUUGUUUGAUCAAAGGAACACAUAAUGGAUAAACUGAUAUUGUGAGGAAAUAAUCCAUAAAUAUUAUUUUCUGUAGUAGGUGGGCUGGGGUUUGCUAUAUGUUUCUGUAUUGCAUGAUAUAUUAUGGUCCAUUUAAGAUUUGAUAUUUAUAUGAGCCGCCGAUAGAGUGAAAGAUGGACUUUUAAGUUAAAGGGAGAUAUUAAGUGGGAACGGUCAGCAGCUAGUGAUUUAACAGCUUCUGAAAGUACCACGGAGUAUGGUGAAGCUCAAAUACCCCCUGAUUCAUCAUGAAUGAGAUCAUCCCUAUCAACUGUAAGCUAUCAGAAGUUAAUUUCACAUUUAAACCAAAAUAGUCACAUUUGAAAAAUUCUCCACAUUUGUUGUGCAUUUUAAUGAGUAUAUAACCCAGUGGUUCCCAAACUUUUUAGGUUCAAGGCGCCCUUAAUAUUUCAAUAUUUUUCCAAGGCGCCCUAAGUCAAAAAAAAUUUCUAGGUUGUAUAUAUGUAUAGCGCUGCGGCAUAAACUUUAAGAACAGUUGGACAACUUACCUGGUGUCUGCUAGGAUAGGGUCUGUAGUAUGGGAUAAGGACAGUGGUGUGUGUGUACAGGCUUGCAUUGUGUUUGUGAAGGAUGUAGUGUGUGAGUGGUGAUGGGUGCAGUGUGUGUGUGUGUGAGAUGGGUGCAGUGUGGGGGUGGGAGGGCAGGUUAAUUCAUAAAUUUUUUUAAUUUUUUUUAUUCAUAUACCACUCCCCUCUCCCUUCUUACCAUUACCUGGGAGGGGGAGCAGUACUAAACCCUGAUGGUCCAUGUGGUGAGAGUGAGUUUUAGCAGCUCCUGAGGCAUUACAGUGCUAGCAGGCCGAUGAGAGAGAUCUCUGAUCUCCAGUCCUGCAGAGCCGGCAGGGGAGAGUGAGGCACGAAAAUGUGUGCCAGGGCGCUGUGGCACACAGUUUAGGAACUGUUGGUAUAACCCAUAAUUUAAAAUCCACUGUUAAUUCUAAACAAUUCACAGUUUAAUAGGGAGUAGGCAAAGUAAAGAAAAGUUUGAACUGGGAAUUGACUUCUGAGAACUGGAAGACCAUAACGUGUGUAAAUUACAUAUUUUUAUAUAGACUUUUAUAGACAUACUCUUCUUGAUUGUAGAAAAAUAUAGUUACGGCUAAGAAUUAUGUAGACUUGAAGGCAAAAAGUAUGGACCAUCUUUUCUGUUUCAUGGCUCUUGCGAUUUCCCCCACACCAGUGACAAGUUUAUAAAAUCACACAGUUAUUCACGCUCCAAAUGGAAAUAUUGGCAAUAGAAAGGCUGGUGUGACUGCUUUAAGCAUGGGCCCAUCUUAAGAUUCUACAUUUCAACAAGCUAUGUAUAAAGAGAGCAUUUUGUUUCUAUGUUAUCUUGGGCACCUGGUGUAACCACAGCUGGUUCCCUUGUUUACCACUAUAACAUCUUAAAGCAUAGAACUUAGCAGGGCUAACCAUACAGAUAUCUUAGCCAUAAUUUUAUAUAGUUAGUAAGAGGUCCUCUAUUUAAAAUAUUAAAUAAUUGAGAAUGCAAUAUAAUAUAAGGAUUGUCUUGGAAGCAAUAACUUUUUGUCUUUUUAGAUAUUUUAUUAAAUUAAAAUAUAAAUAUAGACAUAUAAAAUCCAUUACAAUAAUUUAUAACAGAGUUUAUAAGAUUAAACUAGAUGCUUGCAAUAUUUUAAUAGACCAUACCCUCCUGAACAUGUCAUCAUGUCAGCCUCUCUGUCAUAAGAUGGAGCGUCUGCCUCCAUAUCUCUCCUCUGUGUUAACAUUUAAAAGGUACACAUAUUUAUACCUUGGGUGUCUUCAUUUUAGGGUUACUGUAAUUCAUAAAUGAAAAAGUAACACUUUUACUUUAUUCAUUUUAGGACCUACCUUAACUUGGCAAAAAUACAAGGCCAUAAAAACGUAAGGGUGCACACGUCAUGGAAAAUUCCCUGACUUAGGACAAGAUGGCAUCCUCAAGUCUGAACAUCUUUAUCUAUUUAGAGUUACCGCAGUAUAUUAUGUAUUGAAAGAGUCGUAGCAUACCCUUGAAGCUUGUUUAUGUGUUAUUGUAUUUUGUCUGGAACAAAAUGGCGUAAACAUAUUAUGCACUGAAAGUAGGUAAAAGGUUAUUGCUUAAAGAAACAUGUGUAAAAAAACAAUAUGUUCCAUUUCUAACACCUUGUCAGUUUGUAAUAUCUCUUAAAGGCAAAGUACACAGUUUGAGAAAUACAAUAUUUGCAAUUGCCCAUAACACUGGGGGAUUGUAAUAACAAGCCACCUUUCCCUCUACCCAUCACCCUUUGUGACUUGUAUCACUGAAAGUGUAAUUCAGAUUCUGAUUUGAUGUGAUUUAGCUCUGAUUAUCCUCCCCUCUGUACUCCUUACCUGCCUUAUCCUGUUUAUACUUUGUCUGCUAUUUGUUCCAAUCUUUGACUUGUUUUUGACUAUUCUGUUCUCUGGGGUCCUCACUUUUGCUUGUGCUGUUUUAUUUAUUGAUAGCACAUUUGGAGUAUUCUGUGUUAAUCCUGGACACCACAAGGUCCAGUAAUGUCUUGUUGUGUCUUUAUGCAUUUAUGAUUCUAACUAUUAGCCUUGCCUAAUCUGUCAUUGUUUAGGUUCAAGGGAGGAGCCAAAAGUAUCUAAAUAUUAAGGAUCAACCGAUUAUCGGUCUGGCCGAUAUUCAGUAUUUUCGGCAAUAUCGGUAUCGGCCUAUAGAUACCGAUAUUGCCGAUAAUACAUACCAGGACCGCCAGGCCCAUUACAAGCCCGGCGGUUCUGGGGGGCCCAGCAAGCGCUUACUUACCUUCCCAGCAGCUCCAUUCGGCUCCCCUGUGUAAAUCUUGCGAGUCCAGUGGCCGUCAGAGCAUUGCCACGGGUUACCAUGGCAACGCUCCAUGCCGCACGCUAGCUACGAGAUUUACAUAGGGAGCUGAAGUGAGCUGCUGGGAAGGUAAAUAAGCACUUGCUGCAGGGCCCCCCCUGUACUUUCCAUGCCACCGGACCACCAGGGAAUGACAUAUCCCCCCUCCCUGGCCAGGUAACAAGCAGGGAGGGGGGACUAAAAAAAUUAUUAAAAAUAAUUAAAUAUUUAAAAAUGAAAUUAAAAAAUGCCCCCUCCCCCAAAUUACAUACCUACAGAAACACACACACACUGCAUUAUAUACACAAACACACUGUACAUAAUGCAGUGUGUUUAUAUAAUGCAGUGUGUGUUUUUGUGUAGUGUCUGUAUAGUGAAUGCAGUGUGGGUUUUUGUGUAGUGUGUGUAUAAAAUGCAGUGUGUUUAUAUAAUGCAGUGUGUGUUUGUAUAGUGAAUGCAGUGUUUGUGUAGUGUUUUUAUAUAAUGCACACUACACAAACACAGUGCAUUAUAUACACAAACACUACACACACUGCAUUAUAUAAACACACUGCAUUCACGAUACACACACUACAUAAACACACACGCUGCAUUAUGUAAACACACUACACAAACACACUGUAUAUAAUGCAGUGUGUGUAGUGUCUGUAUAGUGAAUGCAGUGUGUUUAUAUAAUGCAGUGUUUGUGUGGUGUGUGUAUAAAAUGUAGUGUUUAUUUUAUGCACACUACACAAACACACUGCAUUAUAUACACAUACUACGCAAACACACUACAUUCAGCAUACACACACACUACACAAACACACACACUUUGCAUUUAGUAUAUACACACACUACACAAACACACUGCAUUCACUUUACGCGCACACUGCAUUCACUUUACGCACACACUGCAUUCAUUAUAUACUCCCUACACAAAUGCACACAGCUGCCCUGUCUAAACACACUGCAUCCACUACACAUGGCAUGUAUAUUUUGUGCAUUUACCACUAGAAAUAGUUUAUUUUUUCAAAAUGGUAAAUGUACAGAAUAUCGAUAAAUUAUCGGCCUGAAAGUUCACAGAUUAUCGGUAUCUGCUCUAAAAAAUCAAUAUCGGUCGAUCCCUACUAAAUAUGACAACUUUGCAAAAAUUAUGUCAAAAUCAAUGUGAAUUUGUUUUUGGGAGGGGAUUGUCCUUUUCCAAGAUGUACAAAAUAGUCUUUUUGUUUGUUUUUGUUUACUCGGCUAGCUCUAUAUUCAAUGGCAAUACAUGUUAAGAUUAAACACGUUGAUAGCACAUAAGUCGAAUACAGCAAAUUGACCAAGUUUUAAUUACAUUUGUGCUAAGGUUAUAAAUGGAUAUUUAUUUUUUCGGCUGAAAUCUCACAUUAAGGAGGUCAAAGGGGAAAUCGGUUAUCUCACUUCACUCUGUAACAGAACUAAAGUGGUUGGAUGUCUAGUUGCGAGCUAUAAUUCAAGUUGUUAAAUUGACUUCUUGACAAAUAGGACAUUGAAAGAUAUUUUCCUUUCAAGAUCAACCAGUGCAGAAAAUUUAUUCUAAGGUGGUAACUUUGAAAGCAAUUAACUUUUGUUUCAGUGCAAUUAUGGGUAAUUAAUCGGGAGCAUAUAGUACUAAGUAAAAUUCUACUUAAAGGGACUCUCACACAGAUUUAUGUUUCUUCACCCCAGUAAGCACUGUUGCAGCUUUUACUAAAAGAAGCCUAUCACAGCACUUCCUCAUGGUAACCAUUUCUCUGUCCCAUGUUGCUUUGUGCGCGUUUGGGAGUUGUACACAAGUUCUGUUACAGAAUCUGUUUUGUAUUGUAUUGUGAGAUGUUUCCAUUGUCCCAACAGCAAUGUGAAAGUAGGCAUUUUCUUUUUAUGAUUACAAAGGAACAGUCAUGCAUUAGGAAUUCAUACAUAUAUAUAAUAUUUUUUUUACUCCCCUUCUAUCCCAGCCUCAGCUGACAGAGAUAAUCAGUAAUGAUGAUAUCAGCCAAUCUAAUGCUUACUUGUCAGGAAGCUUUGUGAGGUUGGUGUGCUUGUGCGUCAGAUCGCUGAGCUGCACUCUGCAUCUCUUCACAGAGAUGGGGAUCGUUCAGCUUCUUUGUGCAGAGCGUAGAGACACUGAACAACGUUCCUGUAAUCUUUUGCAGGCUCCCAAACAGGAAGUCCCUUUAGUGCCUGUCAGACUGUGUUAGACAGCAUUGCAAACACUUGCCUUUCUCAAAAAAGGUAUUGCUGAACCUGCGGGGAUAAUCUCUUUGCCCCAGAGACACUGCAUUAGGCUGUAGUGGUUCUAGUGCCUAGGGUGUUCAAUAAAAGGAAUACUAUACGUACCCGAACAAUGUUAGCUUAAUAAAGCAGUUUGGGUGUACAGAUCAUGCCCCUGCUCAAUUGUCUUCCAUUUAGGAGUUAAAUAGCUUUGUUAAUGCAACCUUAGUCACACAACCCAAGCAUGUGAUCUACUCAUUUCCUGUAAGGAGUGAUCUAAUGUUUAAACCUCCUCUAUUGCACAGUCUGUUUAAUUUAGAAUUUCUCAUCUCCUACGCCAAGAACCUGCACGAUCCUCGUGUGUAAUUAAAGUGCAAUUAACUAAAGUAAGUAAUAACUGAAACCAUGUUUUAUUUAAUGCUGCUGUCAGUCACAGCCAGUGAAGGUGUGUCUAGGUCUACAAAAACAAAAGUGAUUUACUCCUAAAUAACAGGAUUAAGAAGUGAAACUGCAGGAGCAUGAUAUAUACACCAAAACAUUAAGAUAAAGUUGCUUUGGUGCCAGUAUUGUAAGCCUUCUGGGAGAAACUUAAACAUUUUUAAAGGUCUUAUACCAAUGGUUAAAAUGCAGUCUUAUGCUACUAGCUAGAGCUUAAAAGUUACUUGCCACUGUAAGCCAUAGCAUACUCACCAGGAGUUUAUACUAGCCAUGGCUACACUUUCACUUGCUAAAGACCAGUGGUAAGUAGAGAUUUUGAGCCCUGUCCUAUACAAUAUUAAAUUACCAAAUUUCACAAUAUUCAUCGGUUUUAAGGAGUAACAUUGUAUCAUUUUCUGUAUUCUAGGAUAAACUGUCAUCUUUGAAAGACAUAAUUGCCAAAGUCACUUCCAAUUUAUUGGAGACCGCAAAACUCCUGGGACCAGCUCAAGUUUUAUGCACUAGUAAUGUAAGUAUGUCUCAAGUUUUUUUAUGGCCUCAUCAGUGAGGAGUGACUGGCACUCCUCCGGGUGCAGUGUGAGAGAGGAUCCACAUUGUGAUUACACCUUAAUUUUGGGGAGACACUAGGAUGUUGCAAACAAACCAAAACAGAUUGCAAGAGAAAUGGACAACUGGAUGGCUUUGUUAUGGUUCUUACACAACCAUGCCCACUUUUAUCUAUAUAUGCUGUAAUUUAUGGCAGAAUAAAGAGCCAAGAAAAUUAUCAAAAUCCUUAAGCUAGAUAAACUAAUUAUAUACGCAUUACUUCAAAAGUGGUGAAACAUGCACCAUUUAGUCUUAAACUUGUCUGUUAUGGAACCUAGAGUUCCCAGGCACCCUCAUACUUUACUGUUUUACACAGGUGUUUUUUUUGUUUGUUCCCUAGGGAGAAUCUUUCCUAUAAAUGACAGUGCCAUACAAUCAGCAUUCCUGCAUUUGACUCUAUACAUGGAAAUAAUGUGUACUUUUUAUUUUAUUUUAGAACAUUGAUAAUACCCCUUCUGUUAGUGAAAAACCUUUGGAGAAGUAUGAAACAAUCAGACCCUUGUGAGUAAUUUUAUUUUUAAUGUACUUUUGUUUAGAUAUUCAAUUUCUUUUUUUACUUCUAUAUGCAAGUCAUUUGCAAGACUUUGUACAAUAGAAUGAACAGAAGCUCCUGCUUAGGAGCUUCUCACUCUCCAGAAGUGGAGGUGGGGUCGCUGCCUGAUGAACCCCAGGUUAAAAGUCAAACUAUUCUAAAAUAAUUUAACUACUUACAAUGGGGCUACACUAGGGCAUUCUUGGCACCAUCACCACUACAGUGAGCUUUAGUGUUUAUGGUGUUGAGCAUGUUUUUUUUAAUAUCAAACACAUUCGUAUAAAUGUCCUUUCUUCUGUUUGUGUGUUACCUCACACCAUUGCAUAUAUAUGUAACUGCAACCAUAUUUUACAGAUGUAGGGGACUUCCACAACAUGCUCCUGCUUCAAAUUCAAGUGAACCUUCUAUGUAUCCUAAGGAAAGUGGCCGAAAUGAUGAGAACCUUAAUUGCGAAGAUAAUGUUUUUGAAAGUUCUGAAAAGAUAACUUCCACAAACAAAGGUUAGAGUCCUGACUUUUUUUAUUCUUUAGUCUUGCUGUGUUUAGAAUUUACAGACGAGUUUGCAGUGCCACAACAACAGAUGCAAGUAUAUCAAAAUACAUAGUAGAACAAGUGCAUGGCAAACGAUCAUCCAGCACAUUUUUAUAAUAAUAGUAAAUGAGAAAAUACAGCAUGAGCACUAUUCUGUUAGAGCACGCAUAGGAAGACUAAGAGAUGUAGCAGAAUAGAACCUUAGAGAGUUUCAGGAGGUAAUACAACUGGAGGAGGAGUUUUAACUGUUGCAGAAGAGCGAGCAUGGCACUUUUAUGGUGUAAGGAAAAAGAGAUCAUGUCAUAUAAAAAACAUGCAACAACCAUAAUAAAUAUUUUCCCUUUUGACACGAACUGUUAGGAAACAUUUCAGGAAUAAUCACCAGGCACCUAAGCAUAAUAGCUUAUCAAAUAUGGGUAAAUAAAUCAAAUAAAGCGGAGCAUAAACCAGCAGAAGAAUCAGAACUGUAGAAAAUCUGCGAUCGUCUCUUAGGAUUACUUAACCAAUGCCAGUGGAUGGGAGGCUACUGAUAUUGGACUUUGAGAAUCAACCGAAGAGUGGAUACGAUCCUCCUGUGUGGACCGUCACGAUGCACACAGUAUGCCUUGCUGAGCGGGAACCAUGCGGCCUGUGCAGGAAGAUUUUACUCCUUCUGGAGUGCUGUGCAGGGGCACGCCGGCGGGACAUAGUGGUAGAUAGACUCCAGGCUUGUGUAGUAUGUGGCCUCCACGCUCCUCUCACCAACACCCAGCUUUGGCGGUUAAUUGCCAGCCGCUGUGGCCUUCUGCAUCUCCAUUUUCACAAUAUUUAGCGAUGGCCACAUGGGUCCUGCCAUGCGACUUUGACCCAUAGGCCGGAUUCCGGGGACUCUGCCUUGGCUGACAGGAGUAGAGGUGGGUACGUGAGCAUUCAGCUUCACCCAGAAUUGGGUACACAACCUGUCAGUCCUGAAGGAGAAGGUCAACAUAGGUGGAUGGCUUUGGGAAUGAAUGCAAAUCUGCAGGUCCCGGUGCAUCGGCCAUCUUAAACAGCAGGUCAAAACUUCUUCUGUUGUUGUGGAUCACUAUGCCGCUUGUAGUAGCACACCCGAGAGUGUACCUGUGAAGACCAGAAUAACCCCUGCUGGUCCAGAGGGAGGGGGAUAGGACUCUAGAACAGGAGAGUGCAGGUGCAGGUACAGGGCAGAGGAUCGGCCACCGCCACGAGUACUCGUGCAGGUCACAGAGAGAACCUUGCAUGGGCUUAUUCCUCCAGGGUGGUGCCUAAGGAGGCCAACCCUUCACCAAUGUGCUUCUCGAUAAUAAUAAGCAGGUUUGUGCCAAAAUUAGAAUGCUGCUGUCCAGGAUUAGGUGUAGCAAAAGGAUUUUUCUCAGGAGCUUCAGAAACAUGCAUCCAUCUUGGUCAGCAAGCAGGCCCCGCUCCCUCGUUUUCACAGUUUUUAUGUAAAUGUGUGUUUUUGUUUUUUCUCUUUUUCUUUUGAGAAGUUUAACUUGUGCAUGUCUGGAAUUAUCGUGUAAUUUUAUUACAUCUUAUACAAGAUAUUGUAAAAUUGAAAAUGUAUAUUUAUGUAGCUAAUCUGUUCUCCCCUUUGGUCAUAUAUUUGUAAGGACAAAUCACUAUUACUUUGUUUCAUUUUUUUUCCUCUGAUUUUUUUAUUACGUGUAUUUUCAUACUAAAGACUUAAUUUUCUGCUCUGUUUUCUCUAUCAGGAAGAAGAUCUCAUAUUUAUCAACCUGGCUUUAUAUCAGAAGAAGUAAAUUUGGUUCCUAAUGAGAAGCCUGAAAGAAUAGCUCACUUGCAUAGAAAUGUGUCUACCAGACGUCCCCGUUCUAACUUGAACUCCUGCAGAGAGGAACCUGUGUUUCAAGACCGGUCAGAAGUUGACUGUUUAAAUGCAGAUUAUGUCCAUUCUGGAACAGAAAAUAUUGCUCCUGUAGAGGAUUGUAAUUUUAGAAAUAAUGGAGGAAUGGAGAACUUGGACACAUUUCCAAGCCCAUCUAAAGAAGAGUUUCUGCCUGAUUCAGAAAUUAACAAAAUAGCAAGUUCAACCCCUGAAAUAAAGACAAAAGAUAUACCAGCCAAGAGCAAAGAAGACUCUCGGACUGGUAGAGAAAGAGUUCGAAAAGGCAAAACGGAUAAGGCAGGUAGCGUCCCUUUGAAAAAGCCAUGGGAAAAUUCCAAACCCAGAGCCAGAUCAAAAAGUAGGGAGCGGGGAACAAGCAAACACUUGGUCUCCAAUGAAAAAAUGAAUUCUUCUUUAAAUUCUGGCGAUGCUUAUGACUUUGCCUUUGAGGAAAGUGUACAUGUCACUCCUUUCCGUCAAAAUAAACCAGAGGAAGAAGACCUUAAUGAGAACAGUUCUGUUGAAAGCAAUAAUGAGGAUGACAUGGAUGACAGCUUGUAUGUACCUCACAAGGAAAACUCAAAAAACAAAAAUCGCACACAGAGCAGUAUUUCUGUUCCAUUAAGACCCAGAUCUAAACGAAGCAAAGCUAUUCAACCUCAGAAGAAAGAAAAUAAAAAAGAAGUGCAGGAAGAACAAGGUUUGUGUUUAUGGAACAUUAAUUUUUGGGAGUAAUGUAUUUCCCUAAAAUGCUAAAUUUGUGUAAAAGAGUCAAAAUGGGUGGGGGGUCCAGCUUGGGCAUUUAGUGAAAGUAAUUCUCAUGCAGCUAAGUUGCUAAGUGUUGGAAAUCGAAUACUUCUCAACAUAUCUUUUGCGGUAGGGUAGCUAGACGUCUUCGGAUUAGGUGCUGCUCUUCCACCCUAUGUGCAACAGGUUGAAAGUUAAUACAAUGGGAAUUAAAAUGCAACUGUUCAUUCUUCCACAAUAUUAAAAAAAAUUAUUUAAUCAAGGAUCACUUCUAGCUUGGGAUGAAUCUUGAAUUUGCAACAAAAUAACACUUGCAAUACAAAGAGGGAAUACCAGUCUGAAGUUUCUCUUGUUUGCUACAGUUCUGGCUUCCCACUGAAGCUUCCUAUUCUGUAGAUGAUGUUAGCUAAUUGUUACAUUGGCUUCCUUUACACUUCAGGAUCCAAUUUAAACUGUUAACUAUAACCUAUGAUGCACUGAAAUGAAAAUUCUGGGCCAAAAUGAAAAUUCAGGAUGCCCUUGGCCGAAAACCAAAACUGAAAAAUACUUUUUUCCCAAAAUUAUUUUAAAAUAGUUUUUUUCUAUCAUUUUAUUAAUAUUAGACUUUUUAAUUGUCAACAACUUACAGUGAAUUUCAUAUUUUAGGCCAUAAUAACUAAACUGGAAAAAAGAAUUCAGUUUGGCUAAUUUGGCCUAAAAUAAGAAAAUCUAAUUUAAUUUCAAUUUCACUUCCUCAGUUCACAGCUAAGUAAUAACCCUGAUUUGAAUACUAGGUCAAAGAGGUAGCUGUUGUAAAAUUGCAACUCCCAUGAUGCUCUGUGAGUCUAAAGGGGGAGAAAGCAUGAUGGGAGUUGUAGUUCUUCCAGCACCUGUUGCCGUGGGUUCUAUAUGUGCUAUCCAGGUCCGGCCCUCUCACCCCCACUGCUGCUGCUCUCCUCCCCCAGGCCAGCAGGGGGCAGGCUGCAGUCUCCCCCAUAGACAGGUGUUUUCUUCCCCCACCGUAAGUUGCAGCUGCAGGGGAUGUCCGGUGGGGUGGUCACCUAAUGCUGGGACGGCUCCCCUUGGGAGCUGAAUGACCUUGCCGGGAAGCCGAGCUGGUAGUCCUCCCCUCGGCCCACACCGCAGGCGGCUGCCCGGUACCCCAGCCCAUCAAAUUUAUCGGGCCUGCAAGGCUGCAUGCUCUCCGGGACAGCUUCACGGGCAGUGUCUGUCGUCAAAGCGGCCUCUCCCGCAUCACAUGAUUGCCCAGCGCCUGCCUUCCACCAGAAAACGCGCUGCGACACAGAAGUUACAAGCACUAGAGAACGCGGCUCAUGGCUUGUCCUGUACCAGUUAUUUGGGGCUAGGACUUCUUGUUCCCUUUGCUCUAAGAGCAGAGACGUGUACUGGAUACUGCACUCACCAAAUAACCCAGGUGCUCUGAAGCCAGAGCUGGCCAGACCUUUCCAAGAUAUGCAGAAUAAAUAACGGUUCAGGCACUCUGGAAUAACAAAAAGAAAAACCGAUUUAUUGAGGCAAAAGCAGCAACAUUUCGACCCUACCGGGUCUUUAUUAAGCUUGAUAAAGCCCCGGUAGGGUCAAAACGUUGCUGCUUUUAUCCCAAUAACACACCCUCCUCAGAGGGUUUGAGGGUUACCUUCUGUUGGGACGCUGCCUACCUUACUUCAAUUUUAUUAGCGCUGACCCUCUUCUUAUUUUUUUUGCCCCAAUAAAGCUGCUAUUUUUGUUAUCCCGGAGUGCCUGAACUGUUAUUUAUUUUGCUCUAAGAGAAACUUACUGCUGUCAUCUCCUUGUUCCCAUGUUGCUACUGUAGCCUAGUUCACUCACUCUCCUUCCAGUUUUUGGUUCUUCCAUACACCACUUUUAUUAGCUUAUUUUGCCACCGGAAUCUUAUUCAUUAAGGCCUGCUUCCCUCUGACUUGCUAUUUUUUUUUUUUCUUGUCUUUAUUUACUCCUGCCUCAUGUAUUGUAAGGUCGUUUGAGCAGGGUCUUCACCUCUUGUCUCUGUCAUUAUAUAGUAAGUCCAUUACUUCCCCUAUCCCCAAUCUAUUAUUGUAAAGCUCCUAGGAAUAUGGCAGCACUAGAACAAUGAUAAUAAUUGUGUACAUUUGUAAAUAAUUAAGUUGACAGGAGACUGCUUGUGUUCCAUAUGGAACCUGUUGGCAUCUCAUUGUCCUGCAGAGGUCCCUGUGACAUGAAAACAUUAUUCUCUGGUAAUUAAACAAUUGAAUUUUAGCUUCUCUUCAUGGUGUUUCUCAUACUAUGCAGAAGAAAAUGAAAUUGGUACACCAGGCACCUGGACAUCUUUCACUUUGUAUGCAAAGCAAAGUUCACAAUUAUAGUGGAGGAACCUACAGCAACUUACUGCUUCCUGGUUGUCUGCUUUCUAGAGAAAGAGAGUGACAGAACCAUGAAAAACUAUGGUAUUAAAACGGCAAUAAAGCCAAGAGCUCUUUUACUUCAACUGGAAGCACCGGUGCUUGCAAAGUAUAAGUGCUUCUAUUUGAAGCAAAUUAUGAUUUACUGUAUCGUCAUUUACAGAACCAUCCAAUAUUUCUUCCAAUUAUUUAAAUUGGAUCUAGCCUCAUUUUGGUGUUAAUGUUGUAUGUAGUUAUAUUAGGUUAUUUAGGGAUAGUCUGGGUAUUGUUUAGAGUUUUUUGAAAUAUUCAUGACCUUUUAUUUUUUUGAGUAUUUAUUGGU